AGAAGAAUUUGUAUAAAUACCAAAAGGUUCUGCGUAUUUCUUCAUUAGAGUUUCGGUUUUACUGUAGUGAACAACUCAACUUCAGCAGUCAAUAUGAAACUUUUCCUCGUUGCUUUUGCUGUGAUAGCAGCUGUGGCCGCCGAUGUCGCAAACCUGCCCGUCAACGAGUACUUGCCCCCUGUGCAGCAGGAUGUCCAGACCGUUGCUCUUCCCAGCAACGAGUAUCUGGCUCCAGUCAACCAGGAGCCAAUCAACCAGGGCUCCCUGGACAUUGAUGGAUACCGUUACAAGACCAACCGCCGCUUGGUUGUCCGUCGCAACCGUCGUGAUGUGAACGAGCUGCCCUCCAACGAGUACUUGCCCCCUGUCCAGAAUGUUGAGCCUGUGCCUGCCCAUGAGUUGGCCGAUGAUGGUUACCGUUACAAGACCAACCGCCGUGUUGUCUACCGUCGCCACCGCCGUGAUGUGAACGAGCUGCCCUCCAACGAGUACCUGCCCCCUGUUGAGGUGUCAGUUCCCUCCAAUGAAUACCUCGCUCCAGUCUCCAACAUUGUUGAGGAUUCCCAGGGCCAGAUCGCUGCUGAUGGUUACCGUUACAAGACCAACCGCCGCUUGGUUGUCCGCCGCAACCGUCGUGAUGUGAACGAGCUGCCCUCCAACGAAUACCUGCCCCCAGUGCAGAUCAGCCAGCCACUCCCAUCCAACGAGUACUUGCCCCCUGUCCAGAAUGUUGAGCCUGUGCCUGCCCAUGAGUUGGCCGAUGAUGGUUACCGUUACAAGACCAACCGCCGUGUUGUCUACCGUCGCCACCGUCGUGAUGUGAGCGAGCUCUCCAACAACUAUCUGCCCCCUGUUGCUGCCCCAUCCAACGACUACUUGCCACCCGUCCAGAACGCUGUCCCUCAGGUCCAGAUCUCUGAGCCUUCCGUCAUUGAUGUUGGUGUGCCAGCUGUCGAGACUGAGGUCGGUCCAGAUGGUUACCGUUACAAGACCAACCGCCGUGUCGUCUACCGUCGUCGUCAUUAAACCCUCAUCUGAAAUGUUUCACUAAGUGAUCAACUUGUGCUCAUUUUGGAGUGCAAGUUAAAUAAUAUGUAAGAAAAUUUCAUUUUUUCGCUCACGAAAUAAAAUUACUACGAAAAUAA